AUGGUCAGCAGACAUAGCGAAGAGGCGCCUGUAUUGAAUCAAGAGAUCGUUGACUGGGCGAAAAAGAAUCUCAAAGGAAUUCCAUUGAACAGUCCCAAUUACGACGCUAUGAUCGGAGGCCUAAAGUACCAGUGCUGGGAAGACGACUUAGUGGAGCUGAGGACAACCGCGCACGAAAAGGCCGUAGAUUAUGAGGGCAUCCGCCGGAAGCAGUUUGGAAGCACCAAGGAGUUUUUAGCUGCGAGACGGGAGGCCAUUGCCGACAUGUUUGGGCAGGUUGGCGAAAACGUGUACGUGGAAGCACCCAUACGUUUCGACUACGGUCGCAACAUCAGCGUUGGAGAUAACUUUUAUUCCAAUUUCAACUUCACUGUACUGGAUUGUGCUCCUGUGAGAAUUGGAAACGAUGUUAUGAUUGCACCUAAUGUGACCAUCAUUACCGCGGGGCAUCCCCUAGAGCCUGAGUUGCGAGCCAAGGCAGAGGAGUUUUGUCAUGCAGUGACCAUUGGCAACACGGUUUGGAUUGGAGCAUCGGCCACGCUUCUGCCUGGUGUUACGAUUGGAGAUGGCGCCAUCGUAGCUGCUGGCGCACUUGUUACUCGCGAUGUGCCUCCCCGUUCGGUGGUUGCCGGUGUGCCAGCCAAGGUUCUGCGCAUGAUUGACGAAGACAGCCCUGCAUAG